AUGAGAACAGUGUAUUUUAAUAGAAAAUCACUGUUUCUAUUAUUAGUUGUUAUAGGAAUUUCUGUUCUAUGUAUUAUAACAAUUUUAAAUUCAAACAAUGAUAAUAAUAACACAUUAAAGAGUAAUGACAAUAAUAAAAUUUUAACAAAUAGUGAAAAUACUCCUAUAAAUAUUAAAGAUAUUAAUGUAAGAAAAAAAUUAGUAAAAAAUAAUAUUGAUAAUAAAAAAGCAGAAUUUAUUAAAAAAAUGAUGAAACAUGCAUGGGAUGGAUAUAAAAAAUAUGCAUGGGGUGCUAACGAAUUAAAUUCAAUUCAUAAAAUGGCAUCAAGUCAAGAAAUAUUUGGUGGACCAAAAAUGCCAGCAACAAUAGUUGAUGCUGCUGAUACUUUAUAUAUAAUGGAUAUGAUGAAAGAAUAUAAAGAGGCUGAAGAAUAUUUAUUUAAAAAUUUUAAAGCAUCUGAUGCUAUUAGAAAUUUAUCUGUGUUUGAAAUGACUAUUCGUUUUAUUGGUGGUUUUCUCUCAUUAUUUGCAUUAACUGGUAAAGAAACUUACAAAAUAUUUGCUAAAAAUGUUGCUGAUAUUUUAAUUGUAUCAUUCAACUCUCCGACUGGUUUACCAUACAAUGUUGUUACACCAAAAGAUAAUAGAACAAUGAAUUAUGGUUGGGUUACAAAUAAUGCUCAUAUUCUUGCAGAUGUUGGGACAUUACAUCUUGAAUUUGAUUAUCUUUCAAAUAUAACUGGUGAUUCUAAUUAUCGUAAUAAAGUAAUUAAUGUACGCAAUAUUAUUGAAAAACAAAAAAAAGUUGAUAAUUUAUAUGGUCUUUACCUUAGCAAAGAUGAUGGACAUUUUGUUACAAGAGAAGUAUCUCUAGGAGCUAUGGGUGAUUCUUUUUAUGAGUAUUUACUCAAAGAAUGGCUUAUUUCUAAUAAAAAAGAUACUAUUGCAUAUGAUAUGUAUAAAGAAGCAUCUAAAAAUAUUAGAAAAAAAAUGAUUAUUAAAUCUAAAGGAAAUUUUACCUAUUUAGUUGAAUUAAAAAAUGGAAAAAUCUUAAAUAAAAUGAGUCAUUUAUCAUGUUUUUCAGUUGGUAUGUUUGCACUUGAAGCAUACCAUUCAACUGAUGAAAAUGAAAAAAAAGAAAUUAUGGAAUUAGCAGAAGAGUUGGGUAAUACAUGUUACCAUAGUUACAAACUUUCUAAAACGGGUCUAGGUCCAGAAAUGUUUCAUUUUGAUUCAACUAAGGAUGCUACAAGUUCAACCGGUGAAGUUCAGUAUUUUUUAAGACCCGAGGUAAUUGAAGGAAUAUAUUAUCUUUAUAAAUUAACUGGUAAUGAUAAAUAUAAAGAAUGGAAUUGGGAGAUUGCACAAAAUAUUGAGAAAUGGUGUAGGAAUGAUGCUGGGUAUCAUGGACUAAGAAAUGUUUAUAACCCAGAAGCUGGUUAUGAUCCAACACAACAAAGUUUUUUCCUCGCUGAAACAUUAAAAUAUUUAUAUCUUACUUUUGUUAAUGAUAAAAUUCCUCUGGAUAAAUCCAAAAAUAUAAAUAACCGAGAAUUGGUUAAAAAAAUGUUCUAUCACGGAAAGAUCAAUAAUUUUUCUAAAAAGUGUCUGAAAUGUUAG